AUGAAAGAAAAUCCAUCUAUCAGUGUGACCAUUCUCUUAGCAUAUUUUAUUCUAACCAUCGGAGGAAAAGAAGUAAAGUGUAUAACACAAGAAGAAAAUACUAGUGCGAUCCCACUGAAUCAAAAACUCAAUAGGACUAUUCUGGUUCAUGGAAGAGAUGUUUACGACUGCAUCGAUGUGAAUCUACAACCAGCCUUUAGCCAUCCACUACUGAAAGACCACAAGAUCCAGAUGGAACCAAGCUCUUUCCCACUAAGUACUUCUACCAAAUCUCCAUUGAUGGAUGCCAUCCCACAAGCCCAAUUGGCCCUGAUUGAGUGCCCUACAGGAACGAUUCCAAUAUUACGCAAAAAUAGAAAGGUCCACAUGCCAGUAGAAACUAUUGGUAAAGUGAUUAGCCAGGAUGAACAUGAGGUUGCAGGAAUAGAAUAUUUUGAUGUGCUAUAUGGGACGCGGGCUAAAAUAAAUGUUUAUAAUCCUAUGGUGAAGAAUAAUAGUAAGUAUCUAAGUGCAUCAUGCAUACAAAUUAGUAAGGUACAAAAAGUAGGUGUUGCAGAUGGGAUAGGGGCCGGUUCUUGGGUGUAUCCAAGCUACAGUGGCGACAACUUUGCUAGGUUUCAUGUUGCUUGGCUUGAUGGCUUAAAGACUUGCCCUGAUCAUGAUUGUGGCGCUUUUGUGCAAGUAAGCUCAAGUGUUGGUCUAGGAGGAAGACUUAAACCAGUUUCUGUCUAUAAUGGACCACAAUACCUCAUAGAUGUUAUUAUUUUCAAGGACCCAAAGACUAAAAAUUGGUGGGUGGCUUAUGGUCCACAAAACAUACAUAUUGGAUACUGGCCAAGGGAAAUUUUCCAUUUCAUGAAGGAUCAAUGA